AUGUCGGUUGUCUCGCUUCUUGGCGUUCGGGUCCUGAACAACCCUGCCAAAUUCACCGACAAGUACGAAUUCGAGAUCACCUUCGAAUGCCUUGAGCAGUUGCAGAAGGAUCUCGAGUGGAAGCUCACCUACGUCGGUUCCGCCACAAGUGACCAGUACGACCAGGAACUCGAUGACCUUCUUGUUGGUCCUAUCCCUGUGGGCGUCAACAAGUUCAUAUUCGAGGCUGGCGCUCCCGACACCACGCGCAUCCCUGACGCCGAUAUCCUCGGUGUCACUGUGAUUCUCUUGACCUGCGCCUACGAUGGUCGCGAAUUCAUUCGCGUCGGUUACUAUGUCAACAAUGAGUACGACUCGGAGGAGCUCAACGCCGAGCCUCCCUCCAAGCCCAUCAUCGAACGCGUUCGCCGCAACAUUCUGUCCGAGAAGCCCCGUGUGACUCGCUUCGCCAUCAAGUGGGACUCUGAUGCUUCUGCCCCGGCCGAAUUUCCCCCUGAGCAGCCCGAGGCCGACCUUGCCGCCGAUGAGAUGAAUAUGGGUGCUGAUGCCAGCGCCAACGGCGAGAGCAAGGUCGCCAUCCCGGCUGAAGACUCUGAGAUGGCCGGUGUCGAGACAGAGAACGGCCAGAACGGUGAAGCUGACAAGGACGGCCAGAACGGCAAGGCCGUCGGCGACGCUGAAGAGGACGAGGUUUCUGAUGAUGGCAGUGUCGAUAUUGAAGGUGAGAGCGAAGACGAUCUCGAGGACGAGGAGCUCGCAGAGGGCGAGGUCGAAGGCGAUGCCAUGGACGAGGACGUCAUGGACGUUGACGCUGCCGACAAGGUGGUUGGUGCGGCUGCUCCCCAGGUUCAACCCACCGAGAUCAAGUCUCACUAG